AUGCUGAACUCUAAAAGCACUAGAAUCGAUGAUGUCGACUGCGAGCCACUGCACACUCCCUAUCAGCUUUUCUUUGAUUACGAAGCGAACAUGUAUAACUGCGAUAAGAAUAUUGACAAUCCUUGCGCUAGAAACGCCUGUUCAUGUGAUGGAGAGCUGGCCCUGCGGUUAGCAGAGCUCGCGCCUAUGUUCGACGAGAGAUUCAGUAAAUCAGGCGGAUUCGACAGGAAGCAGUGUCAGUGGAAACUGAGAACAGGACCAAAUCCUCCAGAUGAAUGCUGUGGAAGCUAUCCAAAUAGAUUUCCUUACAACACCAAUUUCGGUGACCAGAGAUGCUGUAAGAACGAUGUAUACAGACCAAAUGAGGGACAAUGCUGCGUGAAGGGCCGCGUAACGACUUGCUCAUUUUGA